GAUCUCCCUUGGAUCGAGACAAUGGUCGUAACUUCUUCAGAGCCCACCGUUGUUGCCGAUGUCGAGGACGAAAUGGCAAGAGAACUUUCAUUCUAUCAACAAGCUUUGGAAGCAGCAAACAUUGCUAGAGACCUCGUUAACCAGGCUGGCGAUGCAUUCACACGUCCUGACGAUUACUUUGCCGAGAUGUUGAAGAGUGACGAACAUAUGGCCAAGGUCAGACAGAGAUUGUUGGAUGAAACCGCUCGUCUCAAGGCUUCCGCAGAUGCUAAGCGUCAGCGCAACCUCAAGAAGUUCGGCAAGAAGGUUCAGGUUGAGAAGCAAUUGGAGAGACAGAAGCAAAAGACAGAUAUGCUUGAUAAGAUCAAGCUUCUCAAGCGCAAGCGUAAGGAUGGUGCUGGAGGUGAUCUCACAUUGGAUAAUGACUUUGAUAUCGCACUCGAGAACACAACCGACAAAAAGCGUGCAAAGACAGACAGCUCCCAAAAGGGCUCUAAGAAGGACGCUCCCCAGAAGGGUGCCAAACGUGCUCACAAGGAUACUAAGUACGGUAUGGGUGGCAAGAAGAGACACGCAAAGUCCAACACCGCAGAGUCAUCUGGCGCAUUGGGUGGUUUCAACAAGAUGAAGGGCAAGCCCAUCUACAAGGCCAAGGGAAAGACUGUCGGAAAGGCCAAGCGAUAA